AUGGCAGACAACUUCAUCUAUUGUCCAUCAUCGACAAGAACCGACGAAAAGAUCAUAGAGAGGAAUAGAAGAGAAGAGAUGAAGGCCCUUUUAUCCGAGCUUCAUUCUCUCGUCCCCAACCAAAGCUCAACGGAAGGUGAAAUGACACUGUCGGAUCAACUAGAAAACGCUACAAAUUACAUAAAACAAUUGAAGGAGAACGUAGAGAAAUUGAAAGAGAAGCGAGAGAAACUAAUGGGAUUGGGAGAAAAAAGUACCAUCACUAGUGAAAAUAAAGCAAGAUUAAUUUUGCAAGUUGAAGCUCAUCGAGUGGGUUCUUCGUUGGAAAUUCUUUUGACUACUGGGUCUGUUUAUCAUUUGGUUUUAAGACAAAUCAUUCAACUCCUUCAAGAAAAUGGAACUGAGAUUGUCGAUAUCAACCAAUCAACAGUCGCAGAUCGAGCUUUUCACAAGAUAAUAGCUCAGGUAAAAGGCGCUGAAGGUGAAAGGAUUUGUGAGACAGUGAAGAAGUUUGUCUCACAGUACAAAGAUGAUCAAUACACUGUUUAA